AACCUCGGAUGUAAACAAGCGAGUGCUCUUCGCCUGAAAACCCGACCAAUUUCCAGAAAACAUGUCCAUUUCUUCCAUUACGGCGCUUUUUCGGCCUGUAAAUCGCAUGAACAGAUCACUAAGGCUUGCGAGAAUAGGACACUGCGGCAGAAGAACGCUAACAUCAACAUCUACGGUCCAGGGAAUAUCGAAAUUUCCUCGCCUGCAACACACCAUUCCGGAGAGUUAUAACGAGGUUGAGGUGUCUACUGCAGAGUGGUCAUUUGUAGAGCGGCUGAUUCCACCAAAGUCAAUCCCUAAGCCUAAAGUCAAACCGGGCGAGGUUACUCCGUCUGGCUGGGUAGCUCCAUCCGCGGCUCCUGGCGAUUAUCCGUACUUUGUCCCGCGUUCUGCCAGCCACAUGCUCCCUGUUUAUGUCAAGCAUGAGCCAAUCAUGUCAAGGUUCACGACCUCUGUGAAACAUGUCGAAGGUGAUGCAUUCGCCCUCGGAGAAGAUCUACGGCAGUACCUUUCGGAGAAGUUUGCGCCCAAACACAUUAAUUUACGGGUCCAUGAGCCACACCAGAUGGUACAGAUAAAGGGAGAAUAUAUGCUGGAAGUGAAGGAAUUUUUAACCAAUAAGGGAUUCUGAAGAAAAGAAUUUAAGUAGAAGGUCUUGUCUGCCUGGUGAUGUUAAUGUAUAUAAUAAUUUUAUGUAUCUUCUGGUAUUGAAUAUAUUUAUGCCAUUGGAUAUAAAUUUCAAGUUAUUAUAACAUAUAUCUGGUAAAUCAUUGUCUCAAUAACUUUUUAUUCCAGGAUCAGCUGUGGCUAUACUGUAUAAAAAUUGUUUUCAUUGCAGCUGAAUGAUAAAGAAAAUAAAUCAAUCAGUCAACAGAUCUUAAAAGAGGAUCAUUGAAGUACAUCUGUAUAUAAAAUCCUAUGAAUUGUAAAAGAAGUAUACAUAGUUCUGUUCAUAAAUUAUUAUAUCUGUUA